UUGGAGAAAAAUGGCCGUACGUGAGGGAGCGAUUAUGUGAUGAUGGAUUUGAAAAUGCGUGUGGCGCGCGUGUGGUGGCGCGAUGAGUGUACGUGUGGGCUUGAGGGAACAACGUGGGGAUUAACCACAUUGAUGAGGAGCUGCUCAAGUGGUUGGCGUCUUCGUCCAAUAGUUGAGAACUCAUCAUACCACGGCUUAUCUAUCUUCAAAAUCUGAAUCUCUUCUAAAUUCUAAUUGCUUUUAAUUACUCAUCUCAUUUCUCACCAACCUUCUUUGACUCGCUCUACUCUAAUCUAAUGGCUUCUUCUAUUAAUAAUCACAAAGAAAAUUAUAUGUAAAUUAUUAUUUGCAGAGACGGAACGGAGGAGAGUUUCUCACACAGAAGGAAGCCAUGGACAGGCUCCUCUCCUCCUCUUCGUCUGCAACCUCUCCUUUUAAAUUCUAUUUCAAACCCGCUCCUUCCCUCCCUCGUUUUGACUCUACCAAACUCACCCUUCUCCCGUCUUCACCUCCCCAGUUAAGGCGCCUCACCUCGUUGUUCUGCAAAUCUCAAGCUUCUUCUCCUUCCUCCUCGUCAUUCUCUACUCCGUCAAAUAGUUUACAGGCUUUCUGUUUUUCGUCGUCUGCUUCUCCUUCUUCUUCCCCUCAUGGCUCUUCAAAUGAGUCGGUGCCUGAAUCUCAGAAUCUCAAACAGAUCUCAAAUGGGGCUUUUGAAAGAAGCAAGGCCACUAGUGCAGGGGUAUACAUUAUGCUUUCUGCGCUUGCUAUGAUCUUAAUUCAACCAAUUUUCGCACCUGCAGCUCUUGCAACUUUUCAAACUGCAGCUAGGACAGGUGGUCCUGCUGCUGCUGCUGCAGUUGGGGGAGCACUGAUCCAGACUGAACUACUAAGUAGUGCAUGGACCGGUUUCUUUGCUGGUUGCUUACACACUUUAUCAGGGCCGGACCAUCUUGCUGCUUUGGCUCCUCUUUCAAUUGGGUGUUCCAGGAUUGAAAGUGCAGCAGUUGGAGCCCUAUGGGGCUGUGGGCAUGAUGCUGGUCAGGUUAUUUUUGGAUUAAUAUUUCUGUUGCUCAAGGAUAAGCUUCAUAUUGAAAUUAUCCGAACUUGGGGAACAAGAGUUGUAGGCCUUACACUUCUUGUCAUUGGUGCUAUGGGCAUCAAGGAAGCUUCAGAAGUUGCUGCUCCAUGUGUUGCAUUAGAAAAUGGUGAGUGUGAUGUCGGGGUUUAUGAAGCAAUUCAAAGUCCUUCACUUGGUAAGAAGAGGAUUGGUUUUGCUACUUUUGCCACUGGAAUUGUCCACGGGUUGCAGCCAGAUGCGCUGAUGAUGGUCUUACCUGCUCUUGCUUUACCUUCUCGCUUGGCAGGUGCUGCCUUUCUGAUAAUGUUUUUGGUUGGGACUGUUGUGGCAAUGGGAAGUUACACAGUAUUCAUAGGAUCAUGUAGUCAGGCAUUAAAGGAUAGGAUUCCCAGAAUUACUGAGAAGCUGACGUGGGCGUCUUCCAUUGUAGCCAUUGCUCUUGGAUUCGCCAUCAUUAUCAGCCAGUUCUUUGGGUACAGCCUUUAUUGAAUUUUCUGACUUUUGUUUCAAUAUUCAUAUUUUGCGAGCUUCUCCUGGAGUGUUGGAAAGGAGAUCUUUAAGAGGGACCAACUUUAUCAGGGGCAUCAGCUUGUGCCGUUGAGAGUAAUCGAGUUUGCUAUCUUGCUUUACCUUAUAAAAGCUUACAAGUUUUAGUAUACAGAGGAAAGCCUUGUUUAUUUACAAUUCUUUUAUGGUAGAGAUCGGAUUUCUUAAUAGCCUUUACUUCACUUUUAUAAUGUAAGAUACUAAGAAUGAUGCAAUUUAACUUUUUACCCCCAACAA